AUGUCUGAACUUUCUGGUUAUCAUGUGAUGAUAGUCUCAAAGUACUUCGUCACUAUCAACGACUUUAUUAACUUGGAGUUGGUAUGCAAGAAGUUUCGUGGUAAUAUGGAAAAGUUCCACUUCAACCCAAUUCCAUUGAAUUGCAAAACACUUGGAUACUUUUCAAAUAUCGAGACACUUCACUUGUGGAAUGUGAAUAGUGAGAAUUUUGGCAAUGAUAUUUUUGUCAACAUUAAAGAAAAUGAAGAUUGUGAAGAUAUCCCUGUUUUUGAGAAAAAAUUCUAUAGAAUUAUUGUGUGGUUCAAUGUUGAAUUUGGAACUGUUGACAGAAACAAACAACGAAACAUCGAGUUUAAAAAUGUUAUUUACACUAUAAGUGAUAGAAAGAAAUUUGGUAAUAACAUACCAUCGUGUGUGAAAUUUAUUGGUCUUCAAUGUUUUUAUGAAUGCAGCAGUUUAAGAAGUCUUAACAUACCAUCAAGUGUGAUAUAA